CUACUGACCUACACAUCCUGAUUCACACACACAAAGAGCAGAGUUAUAACAUCCUACAGCCAAAGGAGGCUGGCUAUCACAACUCAACAGGAAGAACCAUCUGCUGCAUUUCACUCUCUGCACUGUGCCCGUGACUGUUUAGGUUUAUCUUUGCUUUUGUAAGUGCUUUAAUCAGCGAGCGAAGGAAAAGAGGGGUGAGAUGACACUAUGUAAAUUGUCUACAAAGUUGUAUGCUUGUUAACAUUAAUGCUCUAUUGUAGGAAAAUAGCUAGAAGAUCAACAUCAUCACUGUUUGUUCUCCGUUUAAAUGUUUCAGACAAAAGAGACAGUCACACAUUUAUGUGCUUAUAAUCAUGAAUCGGCAAUAAAACUAGUUUGUACUGUAACAUUCUGUUUCUCUUGAAGUAAAUGUUGUAUUGUUGUGUUUUUCAGCCUCAAGAUGGAGUGUGAGAAGCUGGCCAGUGAAAAGACAGAGAUGCAGAGACACUAUGUCAUGUACUAUGAGAUGUCUUAUGGCCUCAACAUCGAAAUGCACAAACAGACUGAGAUUGCCAAGAGACUAAACACCAUCUGUGCACAAGUCAUUCCCUUCCUCUCACAGGAGCAUCAACAGCAAGUGGUCCAAGCUGUGGAGCGAGCCAAACAGGUGACCAUGGCAGAGCUAAACGCCGUCAUCGGAGUGCGUGGACUGCCAGGCCUCCCACCUACAGUGUGUAUUCCUUUUACUUACUCUUGAUUUAAAUCGACUGUCUCAACAUGUCUUUGUGUGCUCUUUAUCUUUUCAACUAUUUGAUUCUUUUCCAAAAUAAAUGGAAAACCGUUCCUAUUUUGAUCUGUGAAUAGUGUAAUUCCUGUUAUUUCAUAAUUAAUUUGCAUACUAAUAAUUACAUUGCAGAAACAAAAACAAAAAUCAACACUUAACAUGCAGGCAGAUGGAUGACUUUUAAAGACAAUGUGAUUCUUUCAAUUCCUUAAUCACUAAAGUAAUCGCACGGUCACAUGCACAUAUGUAGGACAUGUGAAGGAGUUGGUAGGAAAAUUAAAUAAACAAGGUUAUAAAGGAGAUAAAAUGAAACCUACGGAUUCAGAUAUAGUUUCUCUUUUUUAUGCACUAUGACUGUGGAAGUAAAACAGAUCGAUAGAUAUCGCUGAUCUUUUUCAACUGUGAACAAGUAGAGAAUGGCGGAUGUGUCGGUGGGGGAAGUGUGAUGAGAGGUGUUUGUUGAAAAGAUGUCGUCAGCAUAUGAUGAGUGAUGGGGCAUGACCAGCUAUUCAGGCUUGAGCAGUAAAGGGAUUGGCACGGCGAGUGUGAAAAGGAGUUACAAAGACCAACUUUUUGCUCGCAGUUGGGCUGUGGCGUGUAGGUUGAAAGAGAGACAGAGUAGAUGUGUUGAUGGUGGGGACUGUUUGGGUGGGAUGGGAGGUAGCUGAGAAUACUCUGCUCUAUAGGAGCCGUGGGGGCUUGACUGGCGGGAGGUGAGGCCAUGGGGGUUGAGUUGAGGGGGAAUGUGGGAAAAGGCGGGGUCCUUAUAGCAAAACUGCGAGCAUUGGAUUUAAAGAGUUAGAUGUGAGGUGGGCUUGUUAGUUGGCGUGGACUGGUGUGUGUGUGUGUGUGUGUGUGUGA